AUGGCGUCUCGUCCCAUAUCCGCCUCCCCCUUGUUGCAAGCGGUGUCAUCAAUGGUUCUCGAGAAAGGUACACGAGACCGAUUCGUGGCAAAUAUCUCUCCAGAAUGGUGUACACAACACUCUGUACUGGGUGGCUACCUUAAUGCAUUGAUGCUUUCCGCCACACGAAAGUUGAACGCCCUUGAAUUUGGUGAAGAACGGUUCCCCGAUCCCAUCCAUAUCUUCGUGCAGUUUCUGCACAUGGUCCCGCCUGGACAGGUGGUGGUGACCUGCAAACUCCUCCGGGUCUCUUCCCGGCAGUGCGUGGUAAGGGUAGAAGUAGCAAGACCCGGAGCCUCAGGAAAACCAAGUACUCUUGCUACUGUGGGUAUCGUUACGUGCGCCAACAUCUCGAAAGAGGAAGGCCUUACGCAACACAGUAAACCGGCUUUCACUGUCUCACUUCCGAACCGACAUACCGAGUGUGUCAAGAUUGAUGAUCCCGUGGUCGAUUCAACUCCAGUGACGAGUAAACUGAACUGGGUUUCACCGAAAGCAGCCAAUGGCCUUUGGGGACACCGUGUUGGGGGUCAUCACCGCGAGGUAUGGGUGUCAUUCCGGGAUGGCUCUAACAUCUCCGACCAUCUUCAUCUGGCUUUGUUGUCAGACAUGCCCUUGCAACCUGCUGCAACGCACCAAGCAGGGUUCUACUUCAAGUAUGCGUUAUCCACGCUGUGUAUGACAGUGGAAUUCAAAAAGCGUCCAGACCCAUCUACGCAGUGGGUUAUGAUUCGAUCAAACUCGCAUUUGGUUGCCAAUGGCCGGUACGACGUCAACAUCCAGAUUCUCGAUGAAGAAGGUAAUAUCCUUGCAUUAAGUACCCAUGUAGUAUAUGUUUCGGAGCUUCGAGCCCGUGCCAAGGGAGCCAAAAUAUGA